AUGUCACAAAAUCGUCCAGGGGUGUUUUCGAGCUUACGAAUGGGGGAAGUAAUUCGUGAGAAGGUGCAGGAUGGGUUGACAGGAGAGACAAGGGAUAUGCAAUAUACCCAAUGCAAGAUUGUGGGAAAUGGUUCAUUUGGUGUGGUCUUUCAAACCAAGAUUGCUCCCUCUGGCGAGGAUGCAGCCAUCAAAAGAGUGUUGCAGGACAAACGCUUCAAGAACCGCGAACUGCAGAUCAUGCGCAUUGUACGGCAUCCAAAUAUCGUCCAGCUGAAGGCUUUUUACUAUUCCAACGGAGAAAGAAAAGACGAGGUCUACCUUAACCUCGUCCUCGAAUUCGUUCCCGAGACUGUCUACCGUGCAUCCCGUUAUUUCAGCAAGAUGAAGACAACCAUGCCUAUGCUGGAAGUAAAGCUUUACAUCUACCAGUUGUUCCGCUCUCUGGCAUAUAUACAUUCCCAGGGUAUCUGCCAUCGUGAUAUCAAACCGCAAAAUCUCCUACUGGACCCCAACACGGGGAUUCUGAAACUCUGCGAUUUUGGCAGCGCCAAGAUCCUCGUCGAAAACGAACCGAACGUGUCAUACAUCUGCUCCCGUUACUAUCGUUCACCGGAACUCAUUUUCGGUGCAACCAACUACACCACAAAGAUUGAUGUGUGGUCGACCGGAUGUGUUAUGGCGGAAUUGAUGCUCGGGCAACCCCUCUUCCCUGGCGAAUCAGGCAUCGACCAAUUGGUGGAGAUCAUCAAGGUGCUUGGAACUCCCACUCGUGAACAAAUUCGAACCAUGAAUCCGAACUACAUGGAACACAAGUUCCCUCAGAUCAAGCCACAUCCAUUCAACAAGGUCUUCCGCAAAGCUCCUCCUGAAGCGAUCGAUCUCAUCACAGCGCUCCUCGAGUAUACCCCUACUCAACGCCUUUCAGCGGUCGAGGCUAUGUGCCACCCAUUCUUCGAUGAGCUUCGGGACCCCAACACUCGUCUGCCAGAUUCCCGUCAUCCGAACAACCCUCCAAGACAACUUCCUAACUUGUUCGAUUUCUCGCGCCAUGAGCUUUCGAUCCUGCCAAGCAUGAACAGUAGGUUGAUCCCCGCUCAUGCACAGGCUGACCUCCUCGCUCGUGGUAUCGAUCUCGAUAAUUUCACGCCGCUUACGAAAGAUGAAAUGCUAGCCCACCUUGAUUGA